UAUAACUCACUCAUAAUCGGCGAUGCAGCAAUUGCUCACAAGAAAUUCAAAUAAGAAUCAUGUUAAAUGUUUACAACCAACAAGUAUGGAAAUGAUAGACGAAGGCCAUGAUCUUUGGCUGAACCAUUCAGCUCUAUUUAAGGCAGCUGAAGAUGGAAAUAUUAAUAAAGUUGAAACAAUUUUGGAUAAUAAACCUGAUUGGGCUAACGCAAGAAAUAAUUCGGGGGAAGCUUUGAUUCAUUGUGCAACAAGAAAUCGCCAAUAUGAUAUCCUUCACUUAUUGUCAAGAUAUAAAUUGGAUGUGGAUAUAAAAGAUUCUAAAGGAGACACAGCCCUUCUUGUAGCCACAGAAGAAGAUGAUAGAGAAGCGGUUCACAUUCUACUUAAAUUGGGAGCUGAUCCUAACAUUCCCAAUAAGAAUAUUGAAUCAGCUUUGCAUAUUGCUACUACCGAAAAUAGAAUUAAUAUUAUUCGUGAACUUUUAAAAUGUAAUAGAACUGAUCCUUCUAUUACUGAACGUACUGGAGGAACACCCCUUCAUGUAGCUGCAUUUAAAGAUAACGAAGAAGCGGCUAAAUUAUUGCUAGAAGCUGGAGCAGGGAUGUGCAAAGCCUGUAGUAUGGGUUUUACACCUAUGCAUGUUGCGACUAUGAGAAACUCAAAGAAUGUUUUACAAAGACUGAUUCAACAAGCCGAAGCUUCGAGUAUGAAUAGUAAAGGACAAGCGUGUCCGUUGAGAAUGCAUAAGCUUCCAUUACACGAAGCUGUUCUAUCUGGGGAUGAGACUAUAGUGAAAAUGUGCCUUACCUCUGGCGCGUCCAUUGAUACUAAAAAAGCUAAUGGAGAGACAGCUGUUCAUAUCGCAGCUUCGAGAGGUUCCGUUAAUAUUCUAGAGAUACUUUUUCAAGCUCAACCUGAUAAGAAACUUAAAAGCUUGCAGUCAAAAGAUAGUAGUAUGAUGACACCUUUACACACAGCUGCACUUUUUGACAAACCAGAUGUUAUAGAAUAUCUCAUUCAACAGGGAGCUGAUGUUAAUGAAACAAAUCAAGAUGGCAUGACCCCAUUAUUGCUAGCCGCAUCCAAGAAGGCGUGGAAAGCUAUGGAAAUGCUUAUGAACAAAAAGGCAGAUUUGUUCUGUACGGAUGAUAACAAGAGAAAUAUACUUCAUCUUAUUGUAACGAACGGUGGGAGGCCUGAAAAAAUGUGCUUUUUGUGUUGUAAGGUAAAAGUGAAGUCCCUAUUAAAUGAUCAAGACUCUGAGGGAUGUACACCUCUCCAUUAUGCGUCUAGAACGGGAAAUUUCAAUACAAUUGCGGCCUUUAUUGAUAUGGGAGCAUUUUUGAAUGUUAAAGAUAGAGAGAAGCAAUCUCCAUUGCACUUUGCUGCUCGAUACGGUCGAUUUCAUUCCUGCAAACGAUUAUUAAAUGUGGUUAAUGGCAUGAACAUUUUGAAUGAAUUAGAUGAAACGGGUCAAACUCCUUUACAUCUGGCAUCAUAUGGUGGUCACACCAGAGUUGUUGAUUUUCUUUUGACUAUGGGGGCUAGUUUACAAAAAGAUUUCGCUGGUAAUUCACCAGCCCAUUUGGCGGCAAGCAGUGGAUAUAUGGCAACACUAUCCGUACUUUUGGACUGGAAUGGCAAUUUGACAAAUGAUGAAAACUCGGAUGGUAAUACCCCACUACAUUUGGCAGCCCUUAAUGGUCACGCCUCUUGUGUUAACCUAUUAUUGACAAGGAAUGCUGCGUUUAAAAAGAACAGCAGAAGUGAACAUUUCAUGGAUAUGAUUAUUCUAAAUGAGCAUAAGGACGCAGCUGUUACAGUUGUUACACAUGAACGUUGGAGAGAGGCUCUAAAAUAUUGUAGCUCUCAGUUCUGCUGGCCUGCUGUAGGAAUGAUUCAACACCUACCAGAGGUCUUCCAAAUCGUUCUUGAUAGAUGCAGGCAGCCAUCUAGCAUGGAUAGAAAGCAUAAGGAUUUUCAUUGGAUUUACAGUUUCGAUUUCCUACAACUACCCAUGGAAGCUGUAAGAAAGCUGAGGGAACAGAAGAAAGUUUAUACUCCCCUGCUGACCUUAAACAUCAUGGUUAAAUACAACAGAGUUGAUCUUUUAUCUCACUCAGUUUGUCAGGGUUAUUUGCAAAUGAAAUGGAAAGCAUAUGGCAUGUGGAUUCAUACAAUAAAUCUGAUAUUUUACCUCAUAUUUCUAGCAUCACUUAGUACGUUUAUUGCAACCUAUGAUCCCAGAUAUCAUACUGACAAAGGCUUAAAUGGAACUGGACUUCCUAAACGCUGGCAAAGGCAUGAAAAAGAACAGCUUGAACCGUAUCAGAAAGUUUUUGUGUACAUCAUUAUAGUGUUCUCAUGUUUGAACAUUAUUAAAGAGUUUGGGCAAAUGAUUCAACAGAAAUUUAAAUACUUUACCGACUUAACGAACGCAAUUGAAUGGACGCUUUACAUAACUAGCAUGUUGUUUAUCGUUCCGUUCGUGAAUGGAAAGUAUGUAAUUGAAUUAUCUCUUGUUUACUAUUACUAACUUAUCUUUAUGUUUUAGAUCUAGUCAUUGGCAAUGGGAAUAUGCGGCAGUUUCCUCAUUUUUCGCAUGGCUGAAUCUAUUACUAUUCUUACAACGCUUUGACUUUUUUGGCAUUUAUGUCGUUAUGUUUAUGGGCAUAUUGAAAACUCUAGUCCAAGUACUGAUUGUGUUCUCCAUCUUGAUUGUUGCAUUUGCCUUCGCCUUUUACAUACUCAUGUGUGGAGAAGAAUCGCCAACAAAUCAAACAAUUGGUUUAUCAAUGCUAUCCGUUUUUGUUAUGAUGUUGGGAAAUAUUUAUUAUAUUGAGAACUGGGUUAAACCAUUUGUAGACGCCGACCCAUAUACGAUGCAUUUUAGUUCUCUGUCUUUCAUGAUACUCCUCGCUUUUAUUUUGCUAAUUGCCAUUCUCCUUAUGAACUUACUAAUUGGUCUUGCCGUUGGGGAUAUUGAAUCUGUGCAAAGGAAUGCUCGUUUGAGGAGAUUGGCCAUGCAAGUGGAUAUAUUUACCGAACUGGAGAGAAAGAUACCUCAAAGAUUCUUGGAAUUUGUCGACAAGACAGAAGUGAAAAAUUAUCCCAAUAUUCGCUGUAGAAGGAUGUCUAAAUUUGUGAACUCUCUUGUCCAUUUUGAGGAAGAGAGUCAUUCUUUUGACCAAAAACUUGAUGAUCCAGAUGUUGAUCAUAAGGUUUACAUGUUCGAUGAAUUUGCCAGACAAAGAAAGAAAAUUGAUAAGCUUCAAGUGGCACUUGAAAAACAAUUUGAAUUAGUAAGAUUAGUUGUUCAAAAAAUGGAAAUUAAAAGUGAAGAUGAUGGCGUUGAAGACGAUGAUAGCGAUGAUGAUCAGCACUCGGAUAAUUGGGGUUCAAUGAAUUGGAGAAAAUCUUCUGCAUGGCAGAAAACUUCAAUUAUUAAUUUCUGGAAAAGGGAAGCUUCAGCAAAGAAACGAUCAACAGAAGAAUUUUCAAUGAGAAGUUCAAGCCCCACCUAAAAAAUAUUCGUAUUGAUUCAAUAUGAACACUUCUCCCCUUAGUUGUUGUACUUCUUUGUUGUCAGGUAUUUGAACAAUGCUACUAACUUGAACACAAAUAUAAAUAACUUUAUGAAAAAAAGCAUAUUUGUUGCUUACCUUUCGAGAUGUUCGAGAGAUAUUUGUGAAUUAUUAAAAAAACCUCUAGCUCACACCCAUCAUCUCAUAAAUGAAUAUACAGUCACGAUAAUAAGUGAUUGUUACAAGGGAUAAAAACUUUUAAACAAGUGAAUUUUUUCAUGGCCAAAAUAUUUUUAUAGUCUAGAUUAUUUCAUAAGCUAUUAAGUAAUUUCAAAGCGGUUGCUAUGUAUCUAAAAUUAAGAGUUAUAGUCUGCCAGAUUACAUACAAUAACCAGAAGAAUUGUGGUUACAAAAAAUGCAAAUUUAUCCUAAACCGAACAGGACAAGCAUUUUUACAAAACUGCUCUGGCCUUCUGAGACUUUUC